AUGAGUUUGUGCAUAUCAAUUAUUUUUUCAAUCAUAGUUACCUAUCAGCAAGAGGAAUGGUUGAGGAAGUCUCGACAUCGGGAAUCUCGUGAUGAGACACAUAACGCCACACGAUACAAUCUCAAGCUGGCGACGGUUACGGUUUUGAACAAGAGGGACACGGGUGUUCCAGCAGGUGGACGAAAUCAAAAUGCUAAUGCCAGAGCAGACUGCCUGGUGGACCUUCUGAUCAGAGCCGUGGAAGAGAUGUCGAAGUCAGAUGAAAUCAAGGACAAUCGAGCAGGAAUCAGCUGCAUUCAUCGCCAUGCUGUGAUGCUUCAUGGUCAGGCUGCCAACAAGGCGGCAUUCAGAAUUACACCAGAUCAAGCAACUGAGGAAGAAGUGGGAGUACCUGGAGAUACUGCCGGACCAAGAAUUGCACCACACGGGAGAAAUAAGCGCCGCUCAGGAAAGAAGAGACAGCAGAGAGAUCAACUGAGAAACUCUAUCAAUAUGCAAAUAUCUGUGCUCCAAACUAAUGUGAACGCACUAGUCAAUACAGAUACAGGAGCCAAGAGAAGUGCUUUCGGCGAACGUCGACCUGAUAGAUGA